AUGCUCGGAAGGAAUCAGCGCAAAUACGGUUCAUCUGUCACUUCAGCCACCUUUAAGCUGAGUAAUAAACCACUUAAAUAUGAAAGUUCAAUCAUUCUACCUGCAUCCGGCACCAAAAAAUCCAUGAAUUUAUCACAAUCUUUCAGCGGAAAUUCAGACAAGAAAGCCGUUAAUCAUCCAUCUUUCUAUUUUAAUGAGGACGAUCUUGAGUCAUUUAGCCAAACUACCGUACAAAAUCCUCCAAAAAGACGAUCUACCAUCUCUCUUGGUACCGGUCGGCUAUUCAAGACUCCUUCUUUAGCCGGGGGUCCGGAAUUAGGCUUGUCUAGCUGUCGUCCAUCGUCUGCCUUGUCUGAUAAGAAUUUUCCUGUCUCCAUAAGUAAGGAUGAGUGUUCGCCAGGGCGCUAUACGGUUUUAAGAACUGUGGAACUACAAAAAGGGCAUUCAAAAUCUCCAUACAUGACUCCGGGCCUCGCCAUUGGAAAAGAGGAUAAUCAUUUAGUCCGUCCUUCAAUCGAAAACUUGAAUACUCCCUGCCAAUCCAAAUUUUCGUGCUACUUGCUUGGCAUAUCAGAUGGUAACACUUCCGAUCAUGUUUCAGGUAGAUCUUUAUCCUAUAUAGUUUUCAUGUAA